GGCCAAAAUUGGAAGCUAAACCAAGAUGGCCGACAGCGGGCGCCGGACCAAGGUGGCUCGUCCGACGCCGCCCGACGCGCUUGCCCUUCCGCACGUCGUCGAGGUCAUUGCGAUGUGCUUGGGCAACCAGAAGGACUUUAGCAGCUUCCUCCACGCGUUGCCACGGUCGCUCUGGACGGCGGCGCUCACGGCCUUUCUCGACAGCACCACGGUGAUGCCAUCAUCGGUCAUCGCCAACUGGCCGCACAUUGUGCUGCGCGACAUGGACUUGCCGCCUUCAGUCUUGGCGCUGCUCGCGGCGACGCUGCCGCUGCGUCCACGCAUCGAAGUCCUGUAUGUGAUCCGCGACGCCGCGCCACUGACCUUGCUCGUUGCCGCCGUCGGACCUGCGCUCAACACUAGCAAUGCCGUCGAGCUUAACGGCCUGCUCGCUGUCGUCGCCCACCCGCACGACUUGUCUAUCGACCUGCAGGGCGUGACUACCACGCCACGACUCGGGCAUCGCUUGGCCGCAUGGCUCUCAACGACGCCAACGACGAAGCUUCGAUUGACUUAUGUCGACCAGAUGAACCACGAUGGGGCCAUUGCGUUCUGCGAUGCGCUCCAAGCCAGCACAACCCUCCAAGAGCUCGCCAUCGUCAACGUCCGCAGCCUCGGUGGCUUCCAUGGUCAGCCGGCGACGUUGCAACGCUGA